CCCGCAAGGCCGGGGCGGGGACGUGCGGAGCCGCACGCCUGGGCCUCAUCACCGGAGCGGCUCUUUGCCCCUGCUCGCCGCCCAGGCGGACAGCUGCACGUACGCCCUGGUGCCCGCCGGGCGAAUGUAUUUAAGGGCUUGGCAGCCUUUGGGCAGGACUUGGGUUCUUAAACUGGAAGGAUAAACCGGACGAGAGCGCGUCAGGAGCAUCUACGAUUUGUGAUCGUAGAAUGGUUUGGGUUGGAAGGGACCUUAAAGAUCAUCUCUUUCCAACCUCCCUGUAGACCGGGUUUCUUCAAGCCCCAUCCACCCUGGCCUUAAACACUCACAGAGAGGGGGCAUCUACAGCCUUUGCCGGUGUCUGCAGUGUCUGAGGGAAACUGAAGGUAACACACUUGUGAGUGAUGCUGAUGACUUUCUUCCAAUUUGCCCCUAGAAGGUUGGUUUCACAAGCAUCUUGCCGACUGAAGGCUUCUUCAUCAAAGAAACAGAAGUUUUGCUUGGAAAUGGCUCGCCCUAGCUCAAAUAUGGCUGAUUUUCGGGAGGUGUUUGCCAAAGCAAAGCACAUCGCCAUUAUCACGGGAGCCGGCGUUAGUGCGGAGAGCGGAGUCCCAACCUUCAGAGGGGCUGGAGGUUUCUGGAGGAAGUGGCAAGCCCAGGAGUUGGCUACGCCAGCAGCUUUUGCACGAAACCCUUCUCGCGUGUGGGAAUUUUACCAUUACCGCCGGGAAGUGAUGUUGAGUAAACAUCCAAACCCUGCACAUAUUGCCAUUGCAGAGUGUGAGAGGAGGCUGAGCAAGCAAGGAAGGAGCGUUGUGGUCAUUACACAGAAUAUUGAUGAACUGCACAGAAAGGCAGGCACAAAGCACCUCUUAGAAAUUCACGGUAGUUUAUUUAAAACUCGAUGCACCAACUGUGGAAACGUGGCUGCAAAUUACAAGAGUCCAAUAUGCCCCGCAUUGGCCGGGAAAGGGGCUCCAGAUCCUGAAACAGAAGAUGCUGCAAUUCCAGUUGAGGAUCUUCCUCAGUGUGAGGAGGACGGCUGCAAUGGGCUCCUUCGUCCCCAUGUUGUGUGGUUUGGGGAAACGCUGGAUCCUGACAUUCUCACAGAGGUUGAGAAGGAGCUUGAGAUCUGUGACCUCUGCUUGGUAGUCGGGACUUCCUCCGUGGUGUAUCCUGCUGCUAUGUUUGCACCUCAGGUAUCAGCCAGAGGAGUACCAGUUGCAGAAUUUAACAUGGAAGCCACUCCUGCUACAGACAGAUUCAGGUUUCACUUCCCGGGCCCUUGCGGGACUACUCUGCCACCGGCGCUGGCCCGCCACCAGACGGAGAUCAUCUCCUGAGCACCUCGGAACGGCGGGAGGGGAAGCGCCGCGACACGGGGCGGGGGGGGGAGAAAAGAAGAGUCGGGGGUGGCCGAUCUUGAUCCCUCCCCUGCUCCUCACGACAAUAAACGGGCGGUGGCGGGACCUCAGCCCCCACCCCGGCCACCUCA